CGGGGAGCGCUCCUCUUCCUCACAAACUUCUCCAGCGCCGUUCGAUUUGCCUCCCCAGCCUUGAAAACAACCAGACAGAGAGAGGAGUAUCUUUUUUUUCUCGUUUUCAUGGAGUCAAAAAGUGGACCUCCAGGGGGUGAGAUGAAGUUUCUGGAGCUGUUGGCACUUGGACGGUUGGUGUUUGCGCAUCAGUCAAAAGCCCUUUCCGUCAUCCACGAAGCGCUUGAGUGACUGUGCCAUGGAGAACCUGACCACGGAGACCAUGAGUGGGGAGAAUGGCACGUCCGUGCCGGACAACGCGACCCUCGGGCUGUGGACGGACUACACUGCUGAGUACAAGGUGGUCAGCGUUUUUUUAGUCUGCCUGAUAUGCGGCGUGGGGAUCGUGGGGAACGUUAUGGUCAUCAUGGUGGUGCUGACCACCAAACACAUGCGGACCCCCACCAACUGCUACCUGGUGAGCCUGGCCGCGGCGGACCUGAUGGUGCUGACCGCCGCCGGGCUGCCCAACAUCAGCGACGCCCUGUACGGGCAGUGGGUGUACGGCUACAUCGGCUGCCUGGGGAUCACCUACUUCCAAUAUUUGGGGAUCAACGCCUCCUCUUGCUCCAUCACGGCGUUCACCGUGGAGCGCUACAUCGCCAUCUGUCACCCCAUCAAAGCCCAGUUCUUGUGCACUUUGUCCCGGGCGAAGCGCAUCAUCCUGCUGGUCUGGACUCUCACCUCCGUCUACUGCGUCAUGUGGCUCUUUCUGUCCGACACCAAAAAGUUGGUGUACGACAACGUGGUGCUGCUGAGCUGCGCUUACAAAGUGUCCAGAAGUCACUACCUGCCCAUCUACUUCAUAGAUUUCGCGGUGUUCUACGUGCUGCCGCUCAUGCUGGCCACGGUUCUGUACGGGCUGAUCGCCAGGAUUCUCUUCCUCAACCCGCUGCCUUCAGACCCGAAAGACAAGAAGAAGAAAAGCGACGCGAGCAAGACGAGGAGGAUGGUCAGCACCAACUCUUCUAGCAGCACCACCGCCGCCUCCAGAAGACAGGUGACCAAGAUGCUGGCUGUGGUCGUGAUCCUCUUCGCCUUGCUUUGGAUGCCCUACCGCACCUUAGUGGUGGUCAACUCCUUCCUCGAUAAAGCUUACCUUGACACCUGGUUCCUGCUCUUCUGUCGUCUCUGCAUCUACCUCAACAGCGCCAUCAACCCUGUCAUCUACAACGCCAUGUCACAGAAGUUUCGCGCGGCCUUCAAAAAGUUAUGCCACUGCGGGCCACAGCGCAAGGAGAAGCCCACGUCAUACCGGGUGGCCCUCACUUACAGCGUCAUAAAGGAUCAUUCCAAUGGGGAAAGUCCUGACCACUUCACCACAGAAAUGGAUGAGCUGAACACAGCUAGCGAUCAGUACCUCUCGUCCAGCAUCAUGUCGUCCACCAGGAAGAUGCCGUUUGAGGAGCCGUCUCUGGUUGGGAGGGAUGUGAAAGCCUAACUGACAAACAAACAAACGCCUCUGAAAUGAUUCUUGUAGGAUUCCUUGACAUGAACCACUCUUCAGGCUUUGAGCUAUGUUGUUUGUUUGUCCUAUUGUUGUGUUCAAUAGUUGCUAUUGGAGCAUGGUUCUGGCUGAAUUACAUGUGGAAUUGAAAUCUCUUAAUGUACUUGGGUUCAAAGUCGAAUUGUUUGAGUCACUUUUUAUCAAAAAAAUGUAUUGACAAUUCCACUUGAGUGUUAUUGUUCAGUGAUUUCAUAAGGCAGUUGUUUUAACCACAAUAUUCAAAAUAAAAACACCCAUACAUUACAUUUUUUAUCGUACUAGUGUAAGUAGUGUAAUGUAGCAGAUUCACCAGGAAAUAUCAAUGAUGACUCGAAAAUUCUUUCAUGGAAGUGGUCGUUGAUCUCUCAUGAAUGUUCCAUAAUCGUAGUGUACAAAUACAAAUAACAGUAACAAUAACAGUGUCAACAGUCGACAUCGUCCAUUAGAGUACUAUGUAGCUACAGAUGAGUUUCCACUCUGGCCAAUGUCCACUUCCGAAAGCGACUCUGGUGUUCAAUGUGUUUUGGCAGGAGGACCUUGACACCUAUUUAAGCUGCCAACAUGAAUCAAUGAGCCUAGCUUCCCGUGACCAGGCGUGUUGUCCAUUUUGACUGCUGCAGUCUCUGAACACCCCACAACAGAGGAAAAGCAGAACUCACUAUUUUCAGUGGGAGUUCAUUGUGUUACGGUUGAGCAGGUUUUCUUCAUCAACAUGUUGUACUUAAAUGCAGUGUUGCCGGGUCUCCAAAAGUAAAAUAAAUCCCCAAAAAGAUAGACAGACAGACAGACAGACAGACAGACAGACAGGUAGAUAGAUAGAUAGAUAGAUAGAUAGAUAGAUAGAUAGAUAGAUAGAUAGAUAGAUAGAUAGAUAGAUAGAUAAACCACCUGGCAACACCACAUGGAGGAUUUGUCCAAGUUUGGAUAUACAUUUCACCUUUCUUCCAAAAAACGUCUUUCUUUGUGUGUCGGUAUCGUGCCUUCAAAAAGGAAGUAUUCUGUUGUUUCUCCAAGAUGCUGUUUUUGAGACUGGUUUGGACGACAUUUUAUGUUGUACGUAAAGUGUAGUUAGUUCCUGUGGUCUAAUCGCCUCACAGUCCUUCACUAGCUGAAGGGUCAACAUUCCAAACUGUGUUUGUCUGGUGAAGAAGAAGGAAUGAAGGUACUACGUUGUCUUUCCACUCAGUU